AUGGGAGGGGGAGAAGGGGACAGCUGGGACAGGGCUGAUGGGCCAGGAGUGGAGUCCCUGGACAUGGUGCUGGUCCUCCUGGUGCAGUUGUGGGCCAUUCAAGGAGCCACAGGCCUGAGUAUACAGCAGGGGCCCAAAUCACUAUGGGUGAGACAGGACAGUCAGGUGAUCUUGGCCUGUCAGGUGGCCCAGACCCAGGCCUGGGAACGUCUCCAUGUUGGGUGGACCAAGGACGGUGAUGUCAUGUGCCAGCCAUACAUCACCAACAGCAGCUUUAGCCUGGGGGUCUGUGGGCCCUGGGGACAGCUGUCCUGGCUGGCACCUGGUGAUCUCACCCUGCGACUGGACCGUGUCAGCAUGAACGACAGCGGGGACUAUGUGUGCUGGGCAGCUAUGGAGAUUCCUGAGUUGGAGGAGGCUGAGGGUAAUGGGACACAGCUCAUGGUGUCUGCAGGGUCCGCUUUGCUGUUCCCGCGGGUCGGGACAUUCUGGCGCCCGACGUGGGGCACUGGAUACGGGGGACACCGUGAGGAAGACGGCGCCUCGGAGGGUCGACCGCUGAAAACGAAAGAGAAUUUGCUCAAAGACAUGAUUCCAACUAGGGACAAAUCCCUGGACAUAGCCGAAACUGUGGCUCAGACAGAGGAAGUAUUAAAAGUCACUUCCAAAGCUGACCUCAGAAAUUCCUCCCCGCCGCCUGGCGAGGAUAUAGACCUCGUUUCCUUAGAAGAUGAAGGACUGCUCCUAGUGCUGCUGGCGGCGGGGGUCGUGGCGGUGGCGGCGGUCGCGCUGGGCGCGGGCAUCUGGGGUCGCCGCCGCUGCCGGGAAAAGGACUCAGGAAAUCCAUUCUACAGCAACGUCCUAUACCGGCCUCGAGGGGCCCCAAAGAAGAGUGAGACCUGGCCUGGAGAGAGAAAGGAGCUGGACACACCCAGGGAGGGCCAGAAAGGCCAGAGCGUGUACGCUCUCUCUUUUCCCCAGCCUGCCACCCCCCCACGGCGUCUGGCCCCCAAACCUUGCCCCAGCCAGAGGCCCAGCCAAACCAUCUCUACCAUCAGGGUCUCUCCUGGCCCAGGCCCCUCUGGGCAGCCAAGGCGAGGGUUCCCUGUAGUGGGAGAGGAGUUGGAAACUCCAGGAGACACAAAGGGGAUCCCACAAGAGGCUACAAAAGGAUGUAACUGCGUAGGACUAGCCGGUUAG